UGCAAAUUUGUAGUAUUUUAUGGUCUGGAUCGUGUGUUUUGGACCCCCGGUUGUCAUUUGUGUGGUUAGACUGAAAAUGACGACUCCCGACACGACAUUACUUCCAUAGUGACAGUUCCAUCAUCAGGACGCGCUGUCGGGCUGGUGGGUGUGUGCUAGCCCCGGAGUCUGGGCUAACAGGUUAGCUUGGUCGGCUACCAUUCUUUCCCGUUCUCAGUCUGCUUGCGGCCGUAAGCUCUUGUAUUAACUUAGACCAAAGCCAGGGGCUCCCGCCGCCAAGCAAGUUCGAUCGGGUUUGGGGUCACCUAUUUGCUACCAAAAUGCCAGGGAUUUUAGCACCAACUUAAAAGAGUUUCAACUAAAAAUUGGUUUGUCAAAAGAAUAAACUGAGCAAGAAGACACAAAUGAAGAGAUGAUCAUCCACCAGAAGCCAAAGAUUGCAAGAUCCAGAACCCUAUACAGAAAGUCUUCUCCAGAUGGAAGACAAACUUCUCACUCUUGCGAUGACUUCACAAGCAGUGUUGGACAGUAGAUACAAUGAAACCAGUACGAUAUACUAGGAGAGCAAAAUGGGACCGUAUGUUAGGAAUGCUGGCUGUAGUGGCAGUGGGAUACUUGUGUCUAUUCUUCAGCAUAAGUACUGCAGCAGAUGAUGGAAAAGAGACAAGCAGACAAUGGCAGCAAGAUGUUACCUUCAGAUCCAGAACUAUUCUGUCCACUAACUCCACCUCCAACAGUAGUAUUAGUAAUACCACGGAAGAUCCUAUCAGGAAAGGACUCUAUCCUCCUGACGUUUUUGACCUGGCUGCGAGGAGGAACGGAGCUGUUGUCUUGCACAUUUUGGGGAUGAUGUACAUGUUUGCUGGUAUGGCAGUGGUUUGUGACGAGUUUUUUGUCCCUGCCCUGACAGUGAUAGUAGAAAAACUGGAGAUCUCCGAGGAUGUUGCAGGUGCCACAUUCAUGGCAGCGGGGGGCAGUGCACCGGAGUUCUUCCUCAGCCUGUUUGGCGUCUUUUUUGCCACAGGCAAUGUUGGCACAGGGACAAUUGUGGGAUCUGCUGUAUUUAACAUUCUUUUUGUGAUCGGAGCAUGUGCAGUUUUCAGCAAGGAGGUUUUGACAUUGACUUGGUGGCCAUUGUUACGAGACACCUGCUUCUACAUUUUGAGCCUUGGCGUCCUGAUCAUCUUUUUUCACAACGGGGAGAUCCUGUGGUGGCAAAGCAUAUGUCUGCUGACGAUUUAUGUGCUCUAUGUACUCUUCAUGAAGUAUAGCAAUAUCCUGGAGAGAACUGUGAAGAACUUGCUUAAUCCAAACAGGGUCCAUGUGGUUGUCAAGGAAGGACAGGGGGAAAGCCAGCAUUUCAAUUUUCCGGUGUUCCGCAGCAACUCGGGGUUGUUCCGCCAUGGGGCUUUACAGCUGCUCAUCCAUACCAUUGAUCCCAUUGGUGAAGCUAAAAUCUCAGACAAGGCCAAGGCUUUAUACACAAUCACCAAGGUGCAGGUGAUGAUGGAGAAUGAGGUUGGGCAUGUGAAGUUGACUGGUGACCCAGAAGUCACGCCCAUCAACAAGACCACCAACAUGGCCACCCUGACAGUGAGGACCCUGGGGGUGACCAACCCUGGCUGUGAUUCGUUGGGCGACUCAGAAAGACCCAGCACAUCUCAGGAGAAUCUGGACAUGUUAGAGGACAGCCGGUCUGUUCCACUUGGGGAAGUGGUGCAACACACUAGGGAGAAGCGCAGGCAGUCCUCCUCCUCACUGUCAUCUCAGGAUGGUACAGGCCAGAAGAAUGGCACAGUUAGGAAUGGGCUGACACAGGACCUAGAAGCAGCAGAGAAAGAUGAUGAAGAUGAGGAGGAUGAGGAGAAGGAGGAACCAUUAGACCUGAGCUGGCCUGACACCUGCAAGAAGAGGGUGUCUUACAUCAUCCUGUUCCCCCUGGUGUUUCUGAUGUGGAUCACCCUACCUGAUGUCAGAAAACCUUCUGCUCGCCGUUUCUAUCCCUGGGGCUUCUUGGGCAGCAUUCUUUGGAUCUCCAUCUUCUCCUACUUAAUGUUAUGGUGGGCUAACCAGACAGGUGACACCAUGGGCCUUAAUAUAGAGGUGAUGGGGCUGACAGUGCUGGCGGCAGGAACAAGUGUUCCUGAUCUCAUAACCAGCGUCCUGGUUGCUAGGCGGGGCUUUGGUGAUAUGGCUGUCUCUAGUUCCAUUGGGAGCAAUAUUUUUGACAUCACAAUUGGGCUGCCUGUGCCCUGGCUGCUGUACUCCUGUGUGUAUAAUGGCCGUGCUGUGGACGUGAACAGCCAGGGCCUGUUCUGCUCCAUCCUCAUGCUGCUGGCCAUGUUAGUUUGUGUCAUCGUCACCAUUGCAGCCUGUCGCUGGCGCAUGAACCGUUCAAUGGGCAUCAUCUUCUUCACUCUCUAUCUUGUCUUCAUGGUCCUCAGUGUUCUUCUGGAAUUAGACAUUAUACAAUGUUUUGUGUAAGGUUAUUUUGUUGAUGGUAGUCACACUACCAGUAAUAUUGAGGUUUUACAAAUGCUUGUGUGUAAUUUUGCCAUGACUACAGUAGGAUUUGAUGUGCAAUCUUCAACCACUGCAAUACUUCUCUUUUGGAAAAAAAUAAUUUAUCUCUACAGACUUUAUUCAAGUAGGGCGAAUUACACACAAGAUGCAUUACGAUAGAAGAGAAUAAUCAUGGAACAUAUAAACUAGGAUGGUAUAUUACAUAGCCAUGUGAUGCUAGCACAGUCACACAGCAGUGCUCAUGAUGUGUAGCGUGGUAACCAUCCCGUUGGGAGCUCCCAGGUGUUCUAUAUGGCUCCUGGAGUGUUGAUGACCCAACCCAGGUCUAUUAGUGUACAUCAAGGAAUUAUCAAAAUCAAUUACUUCACUCCUGGGACAUCAGUAAUCAGAAAGGCUGACUGGAAGGAUAGGCUGGGUUGGAAAAGGCCUAUGCUUAAUAGGACUUGGCCAAUAAACACCCUUAUGCUGGUCCGUGGAGAUGGUUAUCAUGCUAAUGAUGGGUCAUGUCUUUAUCAUGUUGACAUUGCACCAGUAUCUUUUCUGUUGAUCAUGGUCUCCAAAUCUCACUGGACAGGAAACAGCUGCUGGAAUGGAUAAGAUCCAAUGACAAUUUGAACCUUUGUCAUGAUGAAGGAUGAUGUUCAUGUAUCAGCCAGAACUAAAUUCAAUAAUAAUUACUGUGGUAAGAAAGUGGAACUUGACAAACCUUUUCUUACUGGGUUGUGUCAUAUCAGUAUGAAUAGUGAUAUCUUUUACAGGUUGUUUUUCUUUUACAUAGAAACAAUGAAAGAUAUUUUGGUAGGCAGUCAUCACUGAGCCAGCCUCAUCCUGCAGUACUAAUGGUGGCAGAUAUGUGGCUCUGCUGAGUGUCCAUGGUAUAUGUACUGUUGCCUCAACUUAGUAAGAGGCAAUGUUUUGUGGUCUCUACAGUCACACUGUUGAGUUUUAACCAUAACAUGUCAAUCAUUAUAUUUUGCACUACCUUGUCUUGUCCUUUAAUGUAUUGAGGACAGGUAAAGAUUGAGAGAGAGUUUAGAGGAAACAUUGUGGUCAGUGGAAAAGAUUUUGACUCUACAAUUAGAUAAGACAGGCAAUACUGUGGCUGAGAAACACGCACAUGACAACAGGAACUGUGGGGUUAUGGAGUUAAUUUUGAUUCAAACUGCACAAGACAGGUCAGUAAUUUUUAGAUUAACCAGCAUACUUUACCAGCAUAAUGUAUGUUGUGAUCUUCCUCUUCUUUGCAGAGUUUGCUAGUUUUUGCUAUAUGCUGCUGUAGUGUUUGUGUACUCAGUUCCUCAUUAAGUGCUGCUACAGUGGAUUGUUCUAAUAACAAAGCUUGUUGUGUAUAUAGAGGGACUUUGUGCUGUAUAUAUAGGGACAUUGUGCUGUAUAUAUAGGGACGUUGUGCUGUAUAUAUAGGGACUUGUGUGCAAAAAGACUUUCCGGGCAUCACGUUCCAGACAUUUUUCAUCAUAGAACAUUCCAGCAUGACGAAGGGACAAUCAUAACUUGUAUAGUCCUAAAACAUGUGUAAAAAUAGUUACAAUCAUACAUUAGACAAGAAGAGUGUAAAUUAUCUCAGCUAACCACCAACAUCCGUCCUAGAAUGUAUAUUUUUGAACCACUGUUGUAUAUUUAUUGUAAUAUAUUUUAGGGAGUUGCUACUCUGGAGUGCAAUUACGUACAAUUCUCAGGUAGUGUAAACAAGGACAAGUGUCACUCUUCUAAUUCCUGGACAUGCAAUGAGAUGUACAGUAGGUAUUAUAAAAGUGCAUGCCUGUACACGGAGGUUCUGCUUUUGUGUCCAUUGUCAACCUGUUGUGCAAUGUUGCAGAAUGGCUUUUCUCAUGUUAUUAAUGAACUAGUCAAUGCAAAAUCACUUGAUAGGUGGUAUAAGCCACUUCUGUGCCCUGGGAUUGCAUGUUCUUCUCAAGCAAGGCCUCACUCUCAAAUGUAGCUGAACUGUAUAGCUGUGUAUUAUAACUGUUGUACAUAAAACUUUUUUUCUAUGGGUUAAGGGCACUGUAUGUUAAUUAAAUUGUGGCAUUCAUAUACACUUACUACUUAAAGUAUAUUCCAUGUACUAAAACUAUAUUCCAUGUAUUUAAAAUAAUAUGUUGUCAUGACAGCUUCUGAUAAGGAAUGGAAGGUGAAAAUGUAAAGCAAUUUAGUUUGUUUUACCCUGUCUAACCCCACAUUCAUUGACAGACUGUAAAAAAUUGAUGCAAGUACAUGUAGCAAAACUUGGUCUGUUCUUUAGUUAAGAACCAACAACUUACCCUGGAGUUGAAAUGUCCCUGCGAGUAGAGAUGAGUAGACAAGUGUAUAGAACUAUUUGCAAUACUCCUGUAUGUGUAAUGCUGAAAGAAACCUUUUGACAUGCUGCUCUGAAGCACACGUUGCUGUUACUUAAGGAAUGAUGAUGGAACCUCUGGAAUUUGGAUUUCCAAACUUGGUCAUUGUCAUGUAGAAUAUACAGGAAAGUGUCAAUGUUGCUAUCUGUUAUGACAUAGAAUCCCGAUAUGCUAUGUGAGUAGAUAACAGUUAUGAGAAAAAAUAAAUCAAAGACAUAUCACCUUUGUCAGAAAAGGGAAGGUAGUUGAGGGGUUUCAUUGUAACAUUUGUGCAAGAAAGAUGUCAAUCACUCCAUCUCGAUUCUGGACUGGAUGUACAUUGUAUUUCAAUGUCAUAUCAUGAAUUUUUAGUUCUUGAAAAUCUGUUGAGGAGAACCCAUUUGAUGCUGUUCUGGGAACUGAAUUUCCUCAAUUUUACAUGUACAUAUAAUCAGAUUACGUUGCGAAAUAUAUAUUGAAGUAACACAUUAAUUAUUCUGGUAUCAAAGUUAACUUGCUGCAUUACUCAUAAUAACUUGAGUGUUCAAUAUCUCUGUAAUGUACUGCAUAACACAAUGGAACCCUUUAAGACUGCAGUCUCUUUUUGUGAACCAAUGGUAAAUGUAGACACUGAAGGAUGUUAAGCAAACAUUGUACAAUCAUGUGAUAGUGAAUGCUGUACCACUCCAAAUGUUCAAAGGCACAUGCAUUUAUAUGUUAUGGAAGGAAAAAGAUUUUAAGAGUAGUCCAAAUGUGUGCUGUAUUUAUGUGAAUAUACCUCAAACGAAGCACUGGUGAAAAUAUUUGUCCCCAUCUUGAAAAUCAGGACUGGAACAUGCAUUUAGAGAUCGCCCGUUCCCUGAGGGAAUGAACAGAAUCUUGUCUGGUGUGAAGAUCAGCAAUGUGUCAAAUGGAAAGUAUGUUACGGAAUAGUUCUCCUGUCAGCUGGGAGUAGUUCAAACCUAAAUGUCUGACUGUCAGAAACAAAACCACAGACCUAAGCUACAAGAGUUGAUAUCUUAGCUGUUGUUGGAAUGUCCUUACCAAAGUAGAACAAGAAAUGAUAAGUCUCCUCACAAAAUAUGUGACCCCACAGUGUAGUAAUAAAUGGAUUGUGUACCAAGGUGUAGGUUUGGGGCCCAGUGUGCUGCGAUAUCAAAUGAAGGAUUAGAGAUGGUCGUUAACUAUUUUUGAAAAAAAAAGGGAAAUGAUUAUUACUGGUGUCAAGUCAAGGAAACUUGCAAGUAAAGGUUGUGGUAAAA